AUGACUCUACAGCCCUUUACGGACGACCAGCUGAAUUAUUUCAAAUUUGCCUCCAUUGUACUGAAUGAGUUCGCCAUUGCUUUGCGUCAGACGUUCAAAUCCAUGUGGGACAACAUAUUUGGACAUCGGCCCGGGUAUCAACUGUGGGAUAACUCCACGCUAGUAAGAAAUUUAUUUCUCGCUGAAGAGGGUGGAAAAAGCAAAGUUCCUACACACAUCUCCUAUGAAGAAUGGGAUUGUACCGCCCUUUUUCAGGCCACCAUCUAUGCAAGGUCCUUCGCUACGCCAGAUAGCAAAGGUCACUACAAGACACUUGGUGAAAUGUACGUAAAGCACCAUAAAGUACCUCCUGGAAAGUUCCAUCCAUCUGUUGUGAGUCCAAGUAGAAAUACAGCCGAAACCUACGCUCUCGCGAUUGAUCAGCUUCGAAUUUUACGAAACUUGCUUUGUCACUCGGACAGGUCAGAGAUUGAUAAACCAACCUUUGACCAAUACGUGCAGCUUGCUAAAGAAGCAUUCAUAGCUCUUGGUAUCAUGACAGAUCCCAUUGAUGCCAUCGGUGGACUAACAGAAUCUGACUUUCCCAUCAAAAAAGUUCACAAGUUGGAAGAAAGUCUUAGACAGGAGACCAGAUCAUACAUCGAGUGUCUCGAAGAAGUAAGAUCAGGUGUCGACAAGUUAAUAGCACAAGUUGAAGACCUCGCUUUGUUGGAGGGAAAAAUAGAUGAUUUGAAACUUAAGAUGGAUCAAGAUCAAGAUCAAACAGGUAUAAACUGAUUUAUAACUUUAGAGGACUUUUUACAUUAACAAUAAUUUUAAGAUGCAGUGUGACAGAGUCUUAUAAGCACUACUUUGACAAGGAAGAACAAAAGGGAAAGCAGUGUUUUUACUCUGUACUUUAGUAAUAAUAUUUCAACAGGGAAAACUUACAGUUUUUGAAAAAACGCUUCGUACUUGUCUUGAAAAUCCUUUCUUCUUCCCUUCCAAGAAUUUAUUCUAUAAUCAGAGUACCACCUUAAACAAUCAAUUAACUUUUAUUUCAAAACAAUUAGUUCAAGAAGUAAACUGCACCCACUAUAUUUACCGGCAUCGUGACUUUUGUGCAAUGUUGUUAAGAUUACAACUUUACGGAAAAAGCAAGAAGCUCAUCAUUAAAGCUGUAUCCGAAAAACUUGAUUUCCAGAUUUUAAUGGUAAAGCAAAAUGUACCCUUUUCAUGAUCAUUAUUUUAUUUGCUAUUCACACUACCGACAUGAGCUCUUUCAUGAUUGCAUCAAUUUGUUUCUUUUCAGAUUCAAAGCCGUUCCUUCCGCCAUCAAAUCUUCCUUCAAAGGUUCCACAUUUCACUGGCCGUCUGAGAGAGUGUGAAGACAUCAGUAAUCACUUAGCUUCCAAAAGUUCCCGGAUCGUGUCGAUAUGGGGCUCGCCUGGUUUUGGUAAGACUUCUGUGGCGACUGAAGUCGGACAUCAGCUCCAAAGUGGAGGACUUCCCGUAUACUUUUUCUCCAUGCGAGGGCUUCUUUCAAAAGCCGAUCUGACAUCGCAGCUUCUGAGCUUCUUUAGAAGACACUCCUCAAAGGAUCAAAUGCCUCAACGGAUGUCCAUAGAAGAGGAACUUUUUCUUUUUCUGAGCGACAUUUCAGAUGAAUUUGUGUUGAUUCUUGACAAUGCCGAUGACUUACUCGAAAGUGGAACACCAAAUGUGAAGGAGGAUUUCAUAAAGCUUCUGGAAGUUAUUCUUAGUCAAUUCAAAAAUUUAACAUUUCUUCUUACCACAAGGGAAUCUCUUGAAUUUAUGAAUGUGCAUUUUGUAGGACAUCACGCAGUAAGAAUAAGGUCAUUACACGAGUCCUUCUCUCAAACGUUAGUCGGCCAAUUACUUCCAAAAGCAACCGCGUCUGAUUGCUCGAAAAUUGCGAAAAUCUGCGGUUUCGUACCUUUGGCUAUCAAACUGUUGUGUUCCUCCAUUACUGAAGAUAAUGCUCAGCCGAGUCAAUUUUUAGAUAACUUCAAGGAAUCCAUAGAAGGUAACCUUUUCGAGCUUAUGGACAAUCCAGAUUAUCCAAGCUAUCUGCGUUUGAAGUUCCUCUUUCAAUCCUCUUUUCAGAGACUCUCUUUAUCAGACAAAAAAGCGCUAGCAUCACUUAGUGUUCUUUCUGGAGAUUUUAACCACUCGGUUGCUGCAGCUGUCAUGGGUGUAAAAACUACUCUGGAGGCCAAGAGAAUCUUGCAUAGGCUUCGGAGAAAAUCCUUCCUCGACUCUAGCCCCAAACCUGAGUCAUUUUCGAUGCAUAAGUUGAUUCUGUCGUUUGCAAGGGAAAGGGGUCAAGAUGAAAUGAAAGAGACCAUGCUGAACUCCAAAGCACGUUUGUCUGCAUUUUACGUCUCUCUUUUCGAGAAGCUGAAUAAACAGUUUUUGACAGGACAAUCCAUGCAAGCAUUUAUUGAUUUCUAUGAAGAGAAGCAAAAUAUAAUUCAGAGUCUCAUGGAGAGCUGCUCCGAUCCUAAGACAUGUGACGUUGCAUUUGGUGUCCUGACAAACGCAGAAAUUUUUCUAGAUUCCCUUUUCUGGUGCGAGGGAAAAAUCAUCGAUAAAAUUUACGACCACGCAACUAAAAAAGCUCAGGCGUUUGGAAAGAGCGCGUUCUACAGUCAGUUACUGGUGUCCUUGGCAUUCGGCGAAGUGACCUGGGGGAUACGUGGAAGAUCGAUGACGCUGCUCUCUAAAGCUGACGGCCUUUCUUUGUCGAUAAAUGAUAAAAGCAAACUCUUAUGUUAUAAAGGCAUCUGUCAACUGGUUUCAGGGAAAAUAGACGACGGAACUCAGAGCUUACUAAAAGCUCUUUGCUUGAUGAGUGACAGCUCCGAAGAACGAAUUCUCAGAGUAACUGCAUUGCAAAUUCUUGUUACUUACUUUCUCUUUAUGAAAAACAAAACAACUUCACUAGAGCUUUACACCAAAGCCCUACGUGAAUGCAGAGCAUUAGGAGACACAAGUCUUCUUGUUAUUCCUCCAGUGAAUAACAAAGAAUUCAGAAUGAUCGAGGCAGAUAUGCCGGAGCAAGAUGUUACAACCACUCAACCACUUAGGUUAGAAACGAUUUGCGUUGUUAGCAAAGCGACAGAAAUGUUCUCUGAUUAUGAGACAAAGCAAGCAAUAAGCAAAUCUGUGCUAUGGAUGUCAAAUCAAACAGAAAAACAGAUCCUCCCACAUUCCAUCGGUUUAUGGAUCUUCCGGCGCAACGUCAAUAUGACACUUUCAAAUGUAUUGAAUAAUCCCGAGGAAGCAUCAAAGUUGUGCGACACUUGGAUCAGUUAUCAUAAAAUGACCUUAAACCAAAGUGAAAAAGUUAUCCCAGUAUAUAAAGCUAAACCCGACCAACAUCUCGAUUUCAAUUUGCAUCAAGAAGGAUUAUUAAGAAGCUAUUUGGACCAUGGCCAUGCUCUUCAUCAGAUGCAAAACUAUCCUGGAGCCAUUCAGUCCUUUCAACGUGCCAUUGACGUCGCAAUAGGACUGUUCGGGGAAGAACACCCAGACACAGCUCAGAGUUACGUUUAUCUCGGAGUAACACAACAUGCUUUGGGCAAUUUCUCGUCAGCACUUCAGUCCGAGCAGCGUGCUCUCGACAUAAGAGUUAAACUCUUCGGCGAAGAACACCCAGACACAGUUCAGAGUUACGUUAAUCUCGGAGUAACACAACAUGCUUUGAGCAAUUUCUCGUCAGCACUUCAGUCCGAUCAGCGUGCUCUCGACAUAAGAGUUAAACUCUUCGGCGAAGAACACCCAGACACAGCCGAGUCUUGCUUUUCUAUCGGAGUAACCCAACAUGCCUCAGGCGACUUCUUGGCAGGACUUCAGUCCUUUCAGCGUGCUCUUGAUAUAAGAGUUAACCUCUUCGGCGAAGAACACCCAGACACGGCUGAGUGUUACUUUUCUAUCGGAGUAACACAACAUGCUUUAGGCGACUUUUUGUUAGCACUUGAGUCCAAACAGCGUGCUCUUGACAUAAGAGUUAAACUCUACGGGGAAGAACACCCAGACACAGCUCAGAGUUACGUUGAUCUCGGAGUAACACAACAUGCUUUAGGCGAUUUCUCGUCAGCACUUGAGUCCGAUCAGCGUGCUCUUGACAUAAGAGUUAAACUCUUCGGCGAAGAACACCCAGACACAGUUCAGAGCUACGUUAAUCUCGGAGUAACACAACAUGCCUUAGGCAAUUUCUUGUUAGCACUUCAGUCCGAUCAGCGUGCUCUUGACAUAAGAAUUAAACUCUUCGGCGAAGAACACCCAGACACAGCCGAGUCUUGCUUUUCUAUCGGAGUAACCCAACAUGCCUCAGGCGACUUCUUGGCAGGACUUCAGUCCUUUCAGCGUGCUCUUGAUAUAAGAGUUAAACUCUUCGGGGAAGAACACCCAGACACGGCUGAGUGUUACUUUUCUAUCGGAGUAACACAACAUGCUUUAGGCGACUUUUUGUCAGCAUUUGAGUCCAAACAGCGUGCUCUUGACAUAAGAGUUAAACUCUACGGGGAAGAACACCCAGACACUGCUGAGUAUUACUUUUCUCUUGGAGUAACGCAACAUGCCUCAGGCGACUUAUGGUCAGCACUUGAGUCCAAACAGCGUGCUCUUGACAUAAGAGUUAAACUCUUCGGCGAAAAACACCCAGACACAGUUCAGAGUUACGUUAAUCUCGGAGUAACGCAACAUGCCUUAGGUAAUUUUUUGUCAGCACUUCAGUCCGGUUAG